AUGUUCCAAAGUAAUAAUUACAGAUAAAAUUUCAUAUCUAUCUUAGGAGGAGAACAAUUUACAAAUUUAAAAAAUUUGUACAUAUUUUUAUCAUUAAUUAGUUAUGGAUAUGAGAUACAAAAUUUAGAUGAUGAUACUAAAGCAAUAUAUGAAUAAGAGUAAACAAAAAAUUUUCAAGAUUUUAUAUUGACAUAAAAUGAUGCUGAUUUAGCAUUAAAAUUUUAAGAAGAAGAAUAUAAAAAAUAAAUAUGCAAUUUAAUUUGA